AGAAAUGCACACACGUAUUUGCAAACUUCAAUUCUGAUCUGAGAAUUGUACUAAAGCCACUGAAAAAAACUGUAAUACCAUCUGCCGCCACCAGAUGGCGCUACAACGUCUAUUAGAAUUGAGGAUGUGAGUUGCAUUUCACAUUUGUCCAUCUCUACCAAUGAGUUUGGUGUGAAGAUCUCAGGGGAAGCUUGCCUACCUGCUGUCUCGUUUUCCAGAAGUCCAGCAGAUGACGCGGCUGCAGCCGCAUCGAUUAGGUUUCAGGUACUCCAACCCGCUGAAGGAGAACAAUAGAGGCCUGUCAGAGCAGAGUGGAAAAACAAAGAUCAGUGUCACCUCUGUAUAGACUUUCCUUAGGUGGUGUUUUUUUCUUUUCUUUUUUUUUCCUUCCAGAUAUUAGGCACCAUAAUAGGAAUUUAGGUCCUAACUGAAAACUUGUGCACAGGCUGGAGAAAGACUUAAUACUUCACAACCUCAUUUAUCACCCAUGCUUGGUUUCACCGACACUGUUGCUGCCCCCUUCCAAAGGAUAAAUUAAUGAAGUUGUGUCUAGCUCUACUGUAUGAUACAAGUACUUUUUCUAGGCAGAACAAUCCAUUGGGAAUGGAACCAUAUCAGAAAGCAUCAAUGAGGAAAAUCCGAAGAAACAGCAGCUCUGUGCUGCAGCAUCUGUUUUACCGAGGAGUUCACGGAGGAGGCAGGGACACUCCUAUGCCAGCUCUGCCAAGAGAUGAUAAAAUGGUCCAGUCCAUCGCCAGUCUGAUAAGAGCAAAGAGUAAACUGCUGCUGCUGGAAAAUCCAGACACAGUGGAGAUCUACAAGCUAGAUGAACCAACAGUUGGAUCUGAAAGACCAGGAAAAGGUCACUUUUAUCUUCCAGCCAUCACAACUAAAGCUUCAAGUCUGAGCUCCAUCAGAGGGGCUCUGAGUCAGUCCUGCCCUUACCUGUACGACAAGCGGCGAGGGUCGCUCUCGUCCGUUGCUUCGCACAGAACCGGAGAUCACUCAGGGAAACAGCAGAGCCACCUCAAAGCAAAAAAAGAAGCCAAGAAAUCCAAUGUGACGGUGACCAUGACCUACCUGGGUCAACGCCAUCGAGGAUCAAACUCAGAGGUCACUCGAGAUGAGCUGAAAGUGCUUCAGCAAGUCACCGGAGGAGAGAACAUUUGUGUCUUCAAAGGCCUGAUCACUCGCGGCGAACAGUUCCAGUUUGUGUCUCAGAGGCACAUCGGUUACCCCUUCAGUGCCUCCAUAUACAUUAACGGCAUCAUGGUGACCAGAAUCAGCUCCUGCUGUGAGUACCGCUAUGCUCCCGGCUUUCAGCAGGGCAGGAAGAGCUUCUUCAGACUGACUUGGCUGGCUGGUGGGACGCCCUGCUACAGAUGUACGAGCCUUCGAAACAAAUCCAGCUCCUUCCAGCAGCUGAACAACGGCACAAAGGAAAAUGUAAUUCUCCCUCUUGAGAAGAAAACUGGCAAUGGGGCCGUCGAUUCGUGCCCGUCGUCCCCUCUUUUCAUCCCAGCCAAGCCUGUGAAGAAAUCAGCACGAAGGACAAAAAAACACAUCAAGGAAAGCAUUGGAGCAUCCACUGACAGUGAAGACCUCGCUGUAGCUGGAACUAAAGAGACGUCAGAAAGGAAAAGACGCAAAGGUCAAAGUAAUCAGCGGGGGAGCAAAGACAAGGCGGCUGGAUGUAAAGAGGGGGACGGGGGCCAAGACAGAAAAGGCUCUGAGGGGUCAACAGUGACGGAGACAUUUGGAGAGAAGACAAGACACAGAAAAGAUUCAAAACCAGCUGGUAAUGCUGCAGUCCCGCUAACAGACGAGGCUUACAAGAACCCAGCAGGACAUUUGCAGCCAACCAGGAUCAAGAAACUGACCGACUCCAUGAAUGGAAAGCUUGUGACUGUUAUUGAAAAGAAAGGAGGCCAUAUUGAUCCACUGCCGGAUGAGGAAGCGCCGACGAAGGAGAACAAAGAAAAAGAGGCAGAAGGGAAAAACAGAGAUGGGGAAAGACUGAGGGAUUUCUAUGAGGAGUGCGUGGAAAUGAGCGCAGCGUUGAAGCGAGGCCCAAACAAACACCGGUUGAAGGCAAGCAUCCUGGAAAGGUGCCGGCUUCAGAAAAGUCUUUCGUCGAGCCCCAAAGCCCAGAGCUCAGAUGUGGAGCUCAGUGCAGAAAGUGACAACCCUGUGCAAGCUGACGGUGAGCGUGAGGAGGAAGAGGACACGGCACGCCACAGCGAGAAAAAAGAGGAGCCUGUUAAAGAAAAAGACCUGGAGGCACAGCUUGAUGCCAUGAUGAGCGUCCUGAAAACAUCUGAUGAGGUGGAUCAGCUGGUUCUGAGGAACACGGGCCUCACAGAUGACCUGCUGUUGAGUCUGGCCACGGUGCUGAAGGGAAGCCCAUCCCAGGUCAAGAUGCUCAACCUCAACCUCAACACCAUAGGACCGUACGGCGCCCACAUCCUGCUGGAGGUUCUGAGGGUGAAGCCACACAUUAGAGGCUUGCAUUUAUUUGGAAACCGCCUGCGUGACCACGGCCUGCUGACCCUUUUGACUGGAAUAGCCGAACUCCAGGAGCAAACCGCAGCGACUGCAGCUUCCAUCCAUCAAGCGCUGCUUUUCCCCUCGGAGCAGGGCGUGAUGCUGCAGCUCCCCACUGGGUGGAGCUCUUUUGAGGUUUUCACUCUUCUGGAGCUGGACAUUGGUGGAAAUGGGUUGAACAGUGAGGGGGUGAGGGUGAUUGCAUCGUACAUGAGAUCCCACUCACACCUCCAGUAUUUGGGCCUGGCUCAGACCAGCAGCGCAGACCUGGCUGCCUGGAAGGAGCUUUUCGAGAGUCUGAAAGGAAACGGCGCUCUCGCUCACAUCAUCUUAGAUGAGAACAAUCUGGGCGACCCCGGAGUCCGGCUGCUGGCAGACAUGCUGAAGGAGAACCCCAGUCUGCGGCAGGUGGACCUGGACAGGAACGACAUCAGCGAUGUGGGAGGAAAUGACAUCAUGGGAGCGCUGCUGUGCAGGACGCACUCCCCGCUGAGCCACCUGAGCCUGGAGGAGAACAGCAUCAGUGCAGGACUGAUGAGCAGGAUACAGGAGCAGGUACAGGACUCCUGCAGAGGCUGAGGCAGGGACCUGAACAAGUGUUUAUUCUUAGGAUACAUCUGACCGUCACAUGAGCUCACACCAAGGUCUCCUCCUUCCUAAAAGCGUGGCCAGCAAACGCUUCAUCUCUGGGAGAGUAGGAGGCGUGUUUGCUUCCAGGUCGCUCUGCGGUCUGGAGGCAUUUUCAAAGACACCUUUCUUUUGUGUGUCGAGGUCUUCACAUUCUGCGUCCUGACUCCACACCUACCUUCCUGAGCUAACGCCAGCAUCAAGUCAUUUUAUUCAAUCAUUUUCCAUCUUCUUAUAUAUAUAUAAAAAAAAACUGUGAUUCAUUCCACCCAUGGUAUUUACAAGUGGAUGUUGCUCCCACGCAUGGCCCGUUCCUGUCAGAACAUUUCAGCAGCCAUCACCUUUCACCGCUUCCACAAAAUCAGAGGACUGUUACAGAAGGCUACCCUCCACCAAAUUCUCUCCUUUUACAGGUCUUGUCUCCGAGACAGAGCUUCAAUUCACAGCCAGAGCAUGAAAAGGAGAAGAAAAAAAAAAGAAUCUGGAUUUUAAAGCCGUCAUCUCAUGGUUCCAUCAACGCAGAUGUUCUGUGAACAAGCAGAGCUGUGAUCAAAGGUUGUCAGAGUGGUAAUUAUCUGCUCCUCUCAGGGUUGCCAGAAGUGAUUCAGCUGAAACAUUUACAGUCUUUGUAAAUUCCUCUCUGUGGAACCCCGAUAAAGAUGCUUCCUGAACCUGCAGGAGGAUGACAGAUAAAUGAGACCUUGACGAUUGCAUCUGCAGAAGUUACCCUGCUUUUCCACAUCAAGCUCAUUAGGCUUCUCCCUUUUUGCAACUUUUAUGCAUCAAAAUAAAGACGGUUUUCAGCCUA